AUGUGGAGUGAACCAGAAUUUCCUUAUAAAGAAGUAGAUUCAGCAUUAAGGCCAUUAUUGAUUUGGCAACGUCGACCACCUCGUUUUCUGCAUCCUUAUGCUCGUCCACCGGAGAUGUCAUCGCCAUUUAUGAAGUCUGAAUCAAAUUUAAUACGCAUUGGUAUUCCAUCUCCUCCAUUUCGUUUACCCCGACUACCGAUUGAAUUUGCCACUCCACAUGCUGGUCCAAGUUUGCCUCAUCUUUCGUUGCGUUCCGUGAGACCUGAUGUACCGCUCUAUCAAGAUUUCUCUGCUCCUCCGCGUCCAACACCAAUAAAUAUUAAUGUUCAGACUUCUGCCUUAGUGUGCAGCAUCGAUUGGAAAACACCGGCGAUUGAGAAAAUGCUGAAAUAUACUUACAAACUAGAAGUUUGGGAAGGUGUUAAAUGUGAUACAUACGAUUUUCCUGCAAAUGUCUUGUCAUACAAGCUAAAAACUACGCCAGGCACGAUUUACAAGUUAGAGUUAACAGCUCGUGAUCCAGAGAAUUCAGUUAUCGCGCUUGGAACAGCUCGAGUUAAAGCAGUGUUCUCAACUGAGGAGAUGCAUGCACUUUACAAGAAGUCAUUAGAUUUCGUGGGCACAGUCAUGCAUUCAUUUCGUUUUCUCUAUCGAUGCAAACCAAAAAUAUAUUAUGAUGAUAUACAGUUCCAUCGAGGAGGGAUAAUGGAGAAAUAUGUAAAAGACAACAAUGGUCAGGCAGCUUCAUCAAUUAAUGGAGCCAUAAGUGGUUUGUUUUUUUCCGCACGGUUGUUGCCUGAUGGAAAUUUGCCCACUCAUUCACCGUUUGGAAAUGUUCGUAUGCUGGUACCAGCAAUGACAUUGCUGGAUCCUUCACGUGUAAAUAUGUAUUUUUGCGAUUUCUACUGCAAUUACAUAACGCAUUAUGUCACAGUUGUAAUCUGUGAAAAGCAUUCAGACACUGAUAUGUUCUGCCUGCAACGGCUGAUUAAAUUAGUUCCCGAUUCGAACCCAUUUCUAAGGAUCAUAUUUCGGCCUCCGAUGUUUGAACCUGAGUUUUGGGUAAAUAAAAAUGUUUGGGUAGAAAUAUAUUAUACUGAAAAUGUGCCGCUGAAUUGGGGACGCUUUGAUGCUAUUACUGCUACUGGUGCAGGAACAUCACGUGUGGGAGGCUUGCCGCACAAUAAGCACUGUCAUCUGUGCAAUUUAUAUCCCUUAAAAAAUACUUCUGUUGCUAAAAUUGCUUCAUCAAAGCUCAACUCAACAUUUGAACUCCUUUUGAAUUUGGAACGUGAAAGACUUGGAAAUGAAAGUAUAAGUGACUCAGCUGAUUUAAUCGAAACAAUAUGUAUUGUUAUCGAUUCUGUCGUUCAGAAUACUUCACAAGAUGCUGAGACGGAAUGCUGUGAUCAGGAAUGUGAAGAAGAAAAAAUUGAGAAUAAAAGAUUGAAAUCACCACAAGAAAUUAUGGAAUAUCUGGACAGGCAAGAUUUGUGUGAAGAAAUGCAAAACAUCAAAAAAUACCUAAAAACAUUCGUCAGUGAAAUGGAUAAUAAUGUGUCGAAAAUUGAAUAUUUAUUAAAUGAGGCGAAAUUAUUUUCAUUACAUCCAACAUUUUCUGAAAUUGUGCCUUUCAUGAGGCCUUUCAAUGUAGGCUAA